AUGUCAUAUCCUAGUCAGCGCAACCCACUCUCGGACGCGAUGAGGCGGGAUAAGCAGCAAGUGGGUAGAUCAUCUACACUAGAAGGCCAUGAUGAUCAUGGCCGGAAGAGAAAGCGCGAUUUUGAGCCAGACCUAGACAUCGAAGGCAAUGCUACCAAGAAACAGGCAGAAAAUACCAUCAUAUACACACUGGAGGACGCCAUGAGGUCGAAGUUGGAAAGAGAACCGCCCAUCAAGAAGCGUCCUGUUCUUCGGCGAAUGCACACGAGGUCAAUGGCUGCUCAGCGCGUACGACUUGCCAACCAAUGUGCAGGCAAUAGCGACAAAUAUGCUGGGCGCGUAGCACUUGCCGACCAACGUGGAAAGGUGGCAGUCUGGUCAGGCACUAGCGACAAAUACAUUGUCACCAACUACAAUAUCUAUCAGAAGUACUGGGCCCCGCCUCAUGAGUCUUCCGAUGAUGUUCCAUACACUGCGUGGCCUCCACCCUACCCUAAAAAUCAAUACAUUGACCACCGGAAAGAACGCCAGCGAAAGGAUCUCCAACGAGAAAUCAGCGCAAAACACAAGAUGCAUCAAGGCGCUUUUCCAUUCAAGGACCGCCCCGAACUCGGAUGGGAUGAUGAUCAUUUCGAUCCCUGGGAACAUAAAAAGAAGCUAGAAGAGGAGAAAAGAGAACAGAAGAAAUUGAGAAAGGCGUUACAUAGUGCAGGUCAUAGAGUCAAUCUUCAAGGAAAACGCGAAAUUGAAGAACUCAGACGACGAGCAAACAUCACACAGACUAUUAACACGGGUGCUGGACAACCCCAAACCAAACCUCGCAUCCUUGAUCACCUAGCCCUCUCAUUCCUUCCCCUUUCACACCGCAAUCACCCACUCACGACACACGUCGCAAUCAAGCCAGAACAAAGACUUCUGUACACUCACUUCAAAACACCAGGACGGAUAAUCAUUCGAGCCCGGCAAAAAGCCCAAGACACUCAGACACAGAAGGAUGGGCAAGAAGAUCUAGAUGUCGUAUCUCCCUUCGCAGGACCAGCGGCCAUUCGAGCUCAAUCAGAGCUUAUGGCCUCUGGACUCGGGGAGACGGGCGCACAGAUCUGGAUAUGGCGAUGCCAGGGUGUGAGGAUUGAGAGCGUGUUCAGGUCUACAUGGGUGGGGAAAGAGUAG